AUGGCUGUUCCUUCUCCGACUUCCGAGGCUUUUUUGAACGGCGGAACUACGGCAGCAACAACCGUCAUCAAGAAUGCCAAGCACCCUGACGAUUCGCGCCGUAUCAUCGCGGCGGCCAGAGAAUAUGGAGUGCUCGAAAUUCCAAGCAGAAGCAACCGUCCUCUCAAAGUAAUUGCCAUCGGUGCUGGAGCUAGCGCGCUCAACUUCGCUCAUGAGGUCGCUACGAGUGAUCUCGACCUCGAACUUGUUUGCUAUGAGAAGAAUCCCGAGAUAGGCGGAACUUGGUACGAAAACAGAUACCCAGGCUGCGCUUGCGAUAUUCCUUCAGUCAAUUAUCAAUACUCUUGGGCUCCCGCAGUGUGGAAGUCGUACUACUCUCCCGCUCCUGACAUUUUGGCGUAUUUCAAAAAGGUGGCAGACGAUUACGGUUUGCGCAAGUACGUUCGACUAAGUCACAGGAUUGUCGGCGCAACCUGGAAUGAUCACGCUCAAGAAUGGUUCGUCCGGGUUGAAGAUCUUGCUACGGGAAACAUAUUCGAGGACAAAUGCAACGUGUUGAUCAAUGCAGCUGGUGUAUUGAACAAAUGGAAGUGGCCUGCCAUUGAAGGAAGAGAACAAUUCCAAGGCUCAAUGCUCCAUAGCGCUAAUUGGGAUGAUUCAGUUGACCUUACGGGCAAGCGAGUUGCUGUAAUUGGUGGCGGGUCUUCUGCAGUACAAAUCGUUCCCAACAUCCAGCCCAUCGUCAAGAACAUGAAAUGCUUCGUUCGAAGUACAUCAUGGGUCACUGCUGGAUUCGGUCAGCGAUUUGCCGGCAAGGACGGCGUCAACUUCGAUUAUUCUGACGAGCAGAAGAACAUCUUCCAGAACGAUCCAGUCAAAUAUCUCAAGUACCGCAAGAACAUUGAAUCAGAGCUGAAUGUUCGCUUCAAAUUCAUUCUCAACGGCUCUCCUGAACAGGCAGCAGCUCGCAAGUUUGCGGAAGCCGAGAUGCGAAGAAAGCUUGCUCCCAAGCCUGAGAUUGGUGAUUUGUUGAUUCCUAAGGACUUCGCUGUCGGAUGUCGACGACCUACUCCUGGUAAUGGAUACUUGGAAGCGCUCUGCGAAGCUAAUGUCGAGGUCAUCAGUGACACAAUCGCCAAGAUCACAUCUACAGGCAUUCAAACAGCAGAUGGCGUCGACCACGACGUCGAUAUCAUAAUCUGCGCAACAGGAUUCGACGUCAGUUGGCGCCCUGCGUAUCCGACUAUUGGCCGUCAUGCCAAAAAUCUUGCGAAGGAAUGGGAACAAAUCCCUAGCACCUACCUCUCAAUCACAGUACCCGACUUUCCAAAUUACCUUAUAUUCAAUGGACCCUUUGGCCCAUAUGGCCAUGGAAGCUUUCUGGCAAUCACCGAGACCAUCGCAAAGCACUUUAUGCAAAUGCUUAGGAAAAUGUCUGAAGAGCGCGUAUCUUCAUUCGCUCCGACUCAAGACGCUGUGAAUGACUUUGCCGAACACCGGCGCUCAUUCCUUCCUCGCACUGCUUGGACCUCACCAUGCCGUUCGUGGUUCAAACAAGGCACAGUGGAUGGUGAGCCCAUGAUGUGGCCGGGGUCCCGUAUCCACUUCUUUGAGACCUUGGAAAAGGUCCGCUGGGAGGAUUACGAUCUGAAACACGUGGAGAAAAAUCGAUUUGCCUAUCUUUCUAAUGGAUUCGCCAGCCGGGAAAGCGACGGUCGCGAUCUCAGCUGGUAUCUGGGGUUGCUAGAUGGAAAAGACACACAGCCUGAAUUUACGGAGGCAGAUGUGUUGGACUUUUUGAUGAAGGAUGUUUGA